GGAUCCUGCAAUUUUCGCGAUGACUGCAGGGGAUAGAAUGACAGAACAUGUCGCUAUCAACCGCUCACGUGUCGAUUGUACAGUGAUAACAUGAGCACGCCCGUCGUAUCUGGUGCGACGCGACGGUCACAGGCUGCUGCGGAGGACAGCUUGGCGUGCAAGGAAUGCCGUCGUCGCAAGGCCAAUUGCGACCAUAAGAUUCCGGAGUGCUCGACUUGCAAGCGUUAUAAGCGCCAUUGUCUUUACGAUAGGCUGGGAAAGACGCCGCUAACGAGAAGGCAUCUUACAGAGGUGGAGCAUCGUUUGUCGCGUGCUGAAGGGAUUCUCAAGAGGUUGUUUUCUGAUCAAGAAGUUUCGUAUCUGCUUGACCAGGAACGAUCUGGUGAUGUACCCACGCUGCCGCCGAUAAGGAGUAUAUCGCAAACACAUACACCACGGACUGCUAGCCCUGCCGCAGGGAGCGUAGACUCGCCAGUUACCUCGCAACAACAGCGAAGUGUGACAUCACAACCUCAAGUACCAACUCAAGGAAGCACUGGUCUCGAUGAUCCUGGGUCAGCAUGGAGCUUUCCCACGACUGAUGUUGAGCCAGACCCUACAGCGGCAUUGUAUCCAGAUGGCGACGAAGAAUUUGAGUGGGAUGAGAGAGAACAGACUGGACUGCAUGGCGGUGUCGCAAUCACCGAGGACGACGAAGAAGGUGUCAGAAAAGUCAUGGACGGUAUGGCUACUCUGAAAGUCGACGCUGCCAAUUACGGUUAUCUUGGAAUGGCGUCUGGAGCCUCUCAUCUGCGAUCUCUCUGGAUGGAGUCUGGAAAUGGGCCCUCCUGGGAUUCUGGCGCUUGGCAUGACAGACGACGAGAUCUGCAAGAUUUGCUUCGAAGACAGACAGAGAGUUCCUCGAUAGCUUCAGCCGUGCAGACUCAGACUCUGGUGACAAGAGCGAUGGUCGACGUGUUUGUUGAUGCAUUCUUCGUGCGGUACCAUCCGGUCUUUCCAAUCUUGCAUGAACCGACAUUUCGGGCUCAAUAUGCAAGCCGGAUGGCUCGACCUGGUCAAGGUAUCUGGCUUGUACUGGUCAACAUCGUUGCGGCGUUGGGUGCUUUUGUUACCAACCCAAGCUCCUCGGAUGAUACGAGUCUGUCAAUCUUCAGGACAGCAAAGCGAUAUCUUGCAGUCAAUGCCUUGGAAACAGGCAAUCUGACGUUGGUUCAAGCAUUCGGUAUGUCGGCCAUGUUCCUGCAGAAGAUCAACAAGCCCAAUACCGGCUACAAUUAUGGUGGUGUCGCGAUCAGAAUGGCUAUCGGGCUUGGAUUACACAAGGAGUUUGGUUCUCAGCACAUGAGCCCUUUCAAGCAAGAGUUGAGGCGCCGAAUAUGGUGGUCUCUCUGUGUCCUGGACGUAGGCGCAACCAUUACCUACAGUCGUCCUUUGAUCUGGCCACAAGUCGGAGUUGAUGCAGCUUUACCAUCCAAUAUCCGGGAGCAGGACCUCAUGGCCAACUCACCGGUGACGCCACCCGAAGUCGACGAACCGACAGUCAACACAUACCUCCGAGUACAAUCGUCAUAUCACCUGCAGACCAUGCCAAUAUACAACCGCUUGAUUAGCAACCCACCACCGCUUCCAGAAGAACUCUUGACGCUCGAUUCGACCAUUGUGGAGGCCUGGUUGAGUCAGGUGCCGCAUUAUUUCCAUGACAGCAGUGGCCCUAUGCUGGAAGAUCGAUUUGCCUUACCGCAUGGCAUCAACUGCUGGAGAUAUCGCAACCUUCGCAUUGUCAUCUUCCGACCACUCUUGGUCAAAUGGGCAUUGCAGGACGGCAGAGAGGAGACGCUCACUUGGCACGAGCAAGAAGCGACGAAUAGGUGUUUGCGUGCUGCUCGAGAAAGUAUAGCAUCGAUUCAAAACUUCUGGAAGUCGAGGUCGCAGACGAGAUUGACUGCUUUCUAUGUGCUAUACUUCAUCUUCCAAGCGGCACUUAUCCCAAUACAUUGUCUGCGUUGCAAGUCCAAAUCCAGGCUGGCACCAGAAUGGCGAGACCAGGUGUCGGCGACUCUGGAGGUCGUCGAAUCAAUGAUUGGGUUGAAUCCGAGCGCCUCAAAAUGCCGCGAUGUCAUCAUGAGUCUCUGUGGCUCGCAUCUUCGAAACCUGGAUGACGAAUUCGUCGAUUAUGAACAGGCGUUCAACUUUGAGCCGACAAUGGACGCGACAGCAUGGAUGGCAGGAUGUGCGCCUACUCUGAUCAAUGAAAACUUGUGGGCAGGAAGCCUGGACAACACCAGUGCGGAGCUGUCCUUCAGCACUUGGGAGGGUGAUUGGAACAUUUGAAACGUGUCGAUGUGUCAGUUUCCAUCCGAUGGUGGGUAGCCAACUGAAACAUGAGAAGUUGGAAAUAUUCAGCUAACGGAUAGAAGUGCAAGGAUGGCGUCGACUGCAUGGGUCAAUGUGGCCGGCCAAGCUCACCG